UUCAUUCAACUUACCUUUUUACCUUUUCAACCUUUACAACCUUUUCAUUUCAAUUCUAUUGAUAAUAUUUAUUCCAUAUUUUCUAAUUUCGCAUUUUCUCUUUCUUUUUUUCAACAGUUUCAAUUGUUGGUGUAUUGUGUGUUACCAGGUUUAUUAGGUUCCACUAUAAUUGCAAGUUUUACCGUCAAUUCUUGGAGCGCGCGCUUAUGUAUUGUUCCACCAACCAUUACUCAACGAUCGAUAUCAAUUCAACGGAAAAUGGGUGCAAUUAAAAGGCUAUGAUUGUGUUCAGUGUUUGUGAUUUUUCUCAUCUUUCCACAUCAAUAUCGAUAAUCAAACAAAGGAUCAUUCAGGAUACCAAUUAAUCACAAGUUGUUUCCAUUCCUCACCUUUUCAAGUUUAUGUUGCAUUAUAUAAUAUUUUGUUAUUCAUGUGUGUUAAUGUGUACAAAAAAAGGAGAGAAUCUGCAGCAAAAAAUAAAAAGUUGAGGAUCAUCAUCAAUGCUAAUUUGUCCCACAUGUUGUGAGCAAUGUAUAGAUGGUAUUUGUUAACUGAAUCACCAGCAUCAACCAUAAAGCAGGGCAACACUUGCAACAUUACCAUCAAAAGCGCCAUCAGUCUAUCACUAGAAUCAAACCAUUUUGUCAACACCAAGGGAAUAAAAAAAUCGCCGUUAAACCCAUCAUUUGAAAGCAAUAUUAUUGACAAGCUUACAACUCAAGUCAAGAUUAUCCUUUCCUUACCACUGAUCAGCAGGAGAUGGCCUACAAAUGGAGGGAUGAAAUAGUUGGUAAACGAUUUUUAUGUGUAACAACAUCGAGUAAAAUUAAAGUCAAAAAAAUAAACGAAUGGAACUGGCGUCAAGGUAUCAUUCGAGCUUCAAAUAGAUCCCAUACAAAGCACAACGAUUUAACGGUGUUAGUUGAAUAUGAUGGUGUUGAUUGGAGGAAAAGGGAAUGGAUUAAAGUUUAUGAUCAACAAUUUCAUGUUUUCUUGAUUGAAUACAACAUUGUUUGGUCAACAAGAGCGGACACUGUUUUAGGCAAAAACAAGCAAUGGCUUGCAUUGAAUUUCAAAAUUCUUGUUGACAAAGUUGGCCUUAGAGAUUCACAAUUGAAGCCCAUUGAAUACCUCGAUGAUAGACAAUUGGAUUUUGUUGAUUAUAACGCACUUAAAUUAUACGAGGACUUUGAUUUAACAAAAGAUCCCUACAAAAGUGUCUCUUGUUUACAAAAGUAUAUCCGUCAAUGGACUGAAUAUCAGGAUAGCCAAAAGAUUUUGUUGACAACACCAUCGGUUCUGGUUGGUUAUCGGGUUAAAGUUUAUCGAUCAGAAGGAACCACUCAAUGGUAUACAGCUGUAAUUGUUUCUUACAAUGAAAAUACAAAGGAAUUAACAUUAACCGAUGACACAGUUCUCGAAGAACGGAAUGAGGAUCCUACUUUGGUUCAGAUGAAAUUGAUUGGUGAUGGAGUUGUAGAAUCAAUAUUAAAAGGAGAAGAAAUUGGAAUUACUCCUCGUCGACGUGCCUGUAAUCAAAAUUCUCGUGAAACUACAACAGCAACCUCAUUAAAUAAUAGUGUAACCACUAAUAAUAAUUACGUCAAUUCCAAUGCUAGAAAAUUGACGAAUCCAAGCAACAAUAAUUCAACCAAUCAUCAUCCCAAUAGAGUUAAAAAUUCAAAUUUGGUCAACAAUUUAAGCAACAUUAACGUAUCUUCAACGACAACGGUAACAACCAACACAAGUACAACUACAACUACAUCAACCGUUAAUAGCAGGGUUAACUCGCAUAACGAUAAUAACAAUAACAGUUUAACAACCACCACAAAUAAUUGUAACACAAACGACGAUAACAUUAGGAUUAACAAACACAUCAAUACAGGCAAUGAGAAGGAGAUUGCUGUUAAAACAAAUAAUAAAUCAUCAAAGCAUUCAGAUUCAAAUUGUAUUGCAAGUGUGAUGAACUCAAGUGUUACAAAAGCAGAUGUUAAUAAUAGUAAUUUUGAUAGUUCGUUAAAAUCAAAUUACCAUCGGUUUGGACUUGAUUUAAGUGACCAACAAGCCCACGGUUUACAGUCUAAAGCUCAAAAAAAUGAAAACCAAGAGUACCAACAACAACAGCAACAACAGCAACAACAAGCCAACAACCAAGACCAGGUUAACCAACAGCAACGCAAUACCUCUGUGCGUCUAAAUAAUUCACACAACCAUUUAGGAUCUAAUUUUUCAUCUGUGACAACAACAAGCACAACCAGUAAAACAAAUUCACAGUCAAAAUCAUCCUCAGCUUCUCCAACUUCUUCCAUCAACAGCACAACCUAUUCUAGUUCUUUGAUGCAUCUUCACAUGACCCCAUCUCAAUCAGUUUCACAUUUACCCAGGCCACCUUGUCCACCAAAUGGUGAUCGCACAACCGGUCUCCCAUCAACAUCAAUAGCAUCAUCGAUACACCAUCAACAACACCACCAACAACAGCAACAUCAUCUUCACCAUCAACAACAACAACACAUUCAAUCUCACCAUCAUCUAUCUUCACAACCCUCAUCGUCCAUACCCAAAUCAUCAGCAUCAUCUUUAGACUCGCAAAAUAGCUCAACAAUGUCUCGUCCUCCACCAGGAAUUAUUUCACCUUAUUCCAAUGCAAUUGGUAAUUACCAGGCCAUGCUUAUGCUUCAACAUCAGCAAGAAUUGUUAUGGCAAAAGUAUCCCGAAAUGAGGGGAAUGACGGCCUCUUCGGCCAAUCCAGAUAAUCGUUUAUUAACUCCUUACCAAAUUAAUGACUGGAAAAUGAUUCAGGAACGGGAACGUGAUAAUAGGCAACUUCAAGAGAAAAUGAAACUUGAAGACAAAAUGAGAGAAAGAUUGGAAAGAGAAGCAAAAGAUAGAGAAUCAAAAGAAAGGGAUAAAUUUUUGAAAGAAAGAGCAGAAAAGGAAAAGAAACAGCGUGAAGCUGUUGAUCAACAUUUCGUGGAAUCCUUGCGACUUGCUAAUCAAAAGCAAAGAGCGGUGACUACAGGAUGGCCACAAAUGGGUAAAGGAAACAGCGGUAAUCCCAAUCAUCCACCUCCUCCUCAAUCACCUGUACGUUCACAGCAACAAUCUCAACCAGCAGUUUCUUCCAGCGGAAACAAUUCAUUACCUAGAUCAUAUAUUCCAAUGUUUAAUGGUGAUGCUGAGAAAGAAAGUGGAGAAUCUAAAUCUGCAAAUUCCAGCAAUUGUUCAUCAAGGUCAAGCUCCAGUGCAACAUCAAGUCAUCAACCUAAUAAUAAUAAUGUUAAUAAUAAUAAUAACAGCAACAACAACAAUAGUAAUAACAAUAACAAUAACAAUAAUAAUAAUAGUAAUAGUAAUAACAUGGUACAUUCGGACGCACGUUUAAUACGAAACUUGGAGCAACGGCAUCACCAACAGCAAACACCGCAAACACCUAAAUCCCAGCAACAAUCUCGAUCAGGAAAUAAAGUUGAUUAUCGAUCCUCGGAAUCCAAUCUUUCUCAUCUUCAUGCAGCUGCUGCAGCACAACAAUUUAGUGUACUUAGUCAACAACAAUCACAUUCACCCAACGGACCUCAACACCCAUUACAUCUUAUCCAUGCACCAUCAUGGGGUGUUCCUAGAUCAGGAGUAUCUUCAGAUGGUGGAAGUCCCUCACAAGGUAAAGGGUCUCAAUCUCACCAACCAGGUCAUCCUGGUGCACUACCUCUUCAUCUUCAGAGUCAUCAUGGUCCGAUUGGUCCAGGACAAAUUAAUCCAAGUCAAUUACAAUUUGUAAAUAAUAUGAGUGUCAAUGGAUCUAGAUUACUGGCUCAUUAUGAUGCAAAAAUUAGUAGUUUAAUGCGUGAAAAUUCAUCAUCACCAUCUUUAUCGACAACGAGUAAAAAGACCAAUGCUAGUCCAGUGAAUACCAACAACAACACCAACAGUAAUAGCAACAAUAACACCAACAAUCCAAGAGAUAAUAAUAAUGGAAGUAAUAGUGUUAACUCGGUCGGAUCACGAUCUGAUGCUUCAAAACUUGGACCCAAUCAUCGUGCCAAUAGUGAGAAUCUCGGACCAUAUGGUUAUACACCUUAUGGUUAUCCUCCACCACCUCCACGGUCAAGUGGAAUGAAAGAUACUCCGCCACCUCAUCCACCACCACCACCAUCAUUACCACCGCCUCAUUUAGCUGUGGGAAAAUUAAAUAGUUCAACAAAUAUUUCCAAUCCUAGUGCACCAAAUUCACGCAAUUGUUUCUCGCCUAUGGGAAACUCUUUGGGUAGACCACCAAGUGGACCCAGUCCAUCUCGACCACCACCACCUGCUCAUUCUGGUGGUUCCAGUAGUUCUAUAAUUUCUGGACCAGAGAAGCGUGAACCUUCACCUUUAAUAGAUCGAUCAGGAACUCCUUUGGGUCGUAAUACGGGUACACCAUUAGGGCGACCUUCAUCAGCUUCCUCGUCAAAACAUUUAAGUGGAAAGGUUGCCCAUCAAUUUAAUUCUGUUGAUAGGAUAAGUCCUUUAUAUCACAAUUCAGGAUCACAAUCUUCCUCUUCGUCUACUUCUUCUUUACAAAGCGGUCAACAGGGACAACCAUCUGGUCCACCACAUAGUUCAAGUCUCUUUUCUCAGCAAACUCAGCUUUCAGGAGUACCACUCAUGUCAGCUCCUCCAGCCCACCAAAGCUCAUCGCCUGGCUUGGCUACUAGUCGAAGUAAUACACCUCAACUUUCAUCGUCCAAUGUUCAAUCUCAUCAGCCAGUCGUCCUUCCAUCAUCUACAAAUUCAUCCUCAUCUUCAGCGGCAAACCACCCCAGCCUUACAAAUCUCACAAGUUCAUCUUCUUCACUACCUUCUUCCCAAGAUCAACCUCAAAAUCUUGUCAAAUCGGAAGUAAAAGUACGCAAUAAUCUUAACAGUGUCAAUUCCAACAGUAACGUUUCGUCUAAAGGACAACAUCUCCAAGGAUCACAUACUCCUAGCUAUAUGAAACACUCACAAUUCAAAGCUGAGGAGCAUAAAUCAAAUUUAAUUAAUUCAAGUGAUAGAUAUUCAAUUAACGGGCCCAACAUGGAUACAUCAAAGCAACAGCCACACUUUACUCCAAUUUCCAAUGCUGGAGUAAUGUCUGGUGGCCCAGGAGGUGGCAUGUAUCCUCAUUACAUGAAGGGCUUGUCACCCUCAAGAUACAACAUGAGCUCGGGCCAAUCAGUUUCUCCACACGUUAUGGGUUAUGAAGUAUCUCGAUCACGGACAUCAGGACCCAAUAUGCCAUAUAACCUGACUCAUCCUUCAAACUCUUUUGAUGGUCAAUUAAAAGGUCCUAAUGAUCAUCUCGCUGGUGGUAAUAACAAGGCGAUGAACAUGAAUUCAUUUAAAGUUAAUUCUGAUGUACGGAUGAGUGCAGAAACGAUUAACCUUGAUACCCAUCAAGCUCACUCUCACCAUUCAGGGAAAGGAAGUUCGUCAAUUCCUUCUUUCUCAGGCAAUAAUACAAUCACCAUAUCACCAGCUUCCGCUGCAACAACUUUAACAAUAACCACCAGCCCGUUAACUUCCAUCUCACCUACUGGAACCAUUGUAAAGUCAGGCGCAAACGCUUCCAAUAAUGGUACUCGCCUAGUCCCUGGUAAUCUUCCCAGUGGUUAUCUACCAUCUAACAUUCAUCCAAUGAUGGGACAAUCAAACCAUCAUCUUUCCACACAUUCUCAUCAUGGUCAAUCCUCAUCCCAUCCAAUUAGUUUAACAAACAACAAGACACCGUUGGGUCCAAUGACUGGUCCACCAGUUUCCAAUGGUUCCUCAGGAAGUAUAAUUCAUGGGUUACCAGUAACAUCGGACAAAAAGGGAUUAAGUGUGUCACCUUCAAUGACCAUCUCUACCAAAGAUUCAAUUGAAUACGAACAAGGAAAACGUAAAGGAAUGCAUAAAGAAAUUUAUGAUGUAACUAAAAAGAUAAAGAAAGAGGAGGAAGAUAAUGUUAAUAAUAGAAGUGGAAAUGGUAAAUCCAUGGGAAGAUUAGCAGCUUCUCCAACUGAAUUUGUUCACCAGACUUCACCUUUAUCCAAUGCACAACCCAUUAUUUUGAUUAAAGAAGAAAAGAAUGUAUAUCCGGUGAAUGAGAAUAAGAAAUCUCCUCUGACUAAUCAUUUCGAGCAUGAUUUUGGUGAUCAUAAAAUUCAACCAACAUUCAAUUCAAGUAAAAAGUACAAUUGGACACACCAAUGCAUAACAUCGACCAUGUUACCACCUCCGUCUCUCAAUACAUCCACUGUAUUCUCCAAUUCAAGCCCAGUAACACCGGCAACCUCAACACCAUCAACCCAAUCAGGGUCAACUACUUCAAUCACUAUUUCAACGCCAGUCACAACUGUGCGUGAAUCUCCAACAACGGUUACCUCCAAUGAACCAAGUACACCAUCAAAGUUUCACCCUAAACUGAAGAAAGCAUGGUUACAAAGGCAUUCUGAGGCUGAAGUUGAAAGUAAUUCAAAUCAGUCUACUUCAUCUGCAUUAAGUGUGAAUAACACCUUGAAUAAUCUCACCUCCAAUUCAGUCAAAGAGGAAGAAAGAUGCAAACAGCCCUCACCAUCUAUUCAUAAAUCACAGCAGUCACAUCAUCAUAAGAUCAAGCCAAGUUCUCAGAUUAAAAGUGAUCAACAUUCUGAUGCGUCAGCAUCAUCAUCCCCUCGUGUUAAACGUAAGAUCUCACGUGAAGAAAAAAAUAAGAAAAGAUCUAAAAAAGAACCAUCAAGUGAUGAAGAUGGCGAUGAAACCAGUUCCGUCUCGGAUUUUGAUUUCAAUGGCGACAAAAGUAACUCUUCAGCUCCUGAAAAAUCAAAAAGCUCUAAAAGUGGUUUAAUUAAAAAACGUAUCACAUCCCGAAAUACAAGUAAACGGCAUAAAGGUUCUGGUGGGAGUAAUAGUGGGAGUGGCAGUGAAAAUAAAAAAGAUGACUACAAAUGGUCUAAAGAUGAGAGAGAAAGGAGAAGGAAAACUAAAGAAAGCAAGAUCAAUGCUCGCCGAGGUCGUAAACCCAAAAGUUCGACUAGAGGAUCUAAAGAAUCCAAAGAGCUAAAAGAACCGAAAGAACCUAAAGAACCUAAAGAGCCAAAGGAGCCAAAAGAAUCGAAAGAAUCAAAAGAGUCCAAUGGUAAUAAAGAUUCAUUUCGAGAAAAAGAAAGUAAAAAGAAGUCAUCUAAAGAAGGAUCUCUUGUUUUAAGGCCAACAAGCGUUGAAGUUUUGAAAAAAACUGGUCAACCCUUUCUCCAAGAUGGAUCUUGUUAUGAUAUUGCCCCUCGAUUACCCAAAUGUCGUGAAUGCCGUAUGACACCAAAUCAACGAAACAAAAAGAUGCCUAAUAUUUUUUGCCGUUUUUAUGCCUUUCGAAAGCUUAAAUAUGGCAAAAACGGUGUUGUAACAGAUUCAGGUUUCUCUGAGCCUCAAGAUGCUAGUAAUUUGGAUUGCAAAUUGUGGUUACCACCAGAAGAAUCUUGUAGUGAUCUUGAUAUGGAAACGUCCAAAUUUUUGAUUAAACACGUCGGUGAUCAGUUUUGUGAUCUUGUUAAACAAGAACAACAAGCUUUGAAAAUGCAUAUGGGCAAAGACAAAACUAUAACAUGGAAACGAGUAGUACAAGGUGUUCGUGAAAUGUGUGAUGUAUGUGAGACUACCCUUUUUAAUAUCCAUUGGGUGUGUCACAAAUGUGGUUUUGUGAUUUGUAUUGAUUGUUACAAAGCUCGUAAAACUGGAGCAGUUAAAGAAGAAGUUAAUCCACCAAGAGAUCGAGAUGAAUACCAAUGGCUACUCUGCACUAAUCGACAACCCCACGAGCAGGAUAAACUUAUGAUGACUCAGAUAAUAGCUUCUACAGCCCUCAACGAUGUUGGCAAAAUGUUGCAUAUGAUCAGAAAGAUUUAUUCAAUUCCUGCACAUUGUGGUUGUGACACAAGCUCAAUUGUUUGUGCCAAUGGACUAUCCAUUAAAAUGCCUGAUGUAAAAGCGUUACGUGAUAAAAUGGAAUCCAGUAAUGGCAAGAAAGGUGAUAUUCUUAAUGGAGGAGUGAAAGGCGAUUCUAAAUCAGACGCUGUUAUUUCUAAAGAUUCAGAAAACAGCACUCUCACUGGAUUUUCAUCUGAAAGUGGAUCAUCACCUUUGAGUUGGUUAGCUGACGUUGCUUUAUCAUCUAGUAAGAUAGGCUCUGAUGAAGCAGGUAAAGAUUCUCAGUCGGCUCCAAAUGAUGGCUCAUCUGCUGGUAAAUCUGAUGCAGAGGAAAAGUCGAAGGAAGAAACUGAUGAACACAAUUUUUCAACUUUACGGGAACUUUUGAUAAGGCCAACAUCAAAGAAAGGCAAGGGCUCGAAAAAAAGAAAGAAGAAGGGCUCACAAGAUGCGGACAAUAAUGAGAAUGAUGGUAAUGACGCAGAAGAGGGCGAAGAUAAUGAGGAAGAAGAUGAUGAAAACGAUGAGACUACAUCAGAUGAAGGUGAACCUGAAGAUAUCAGAGUGAAAAAGAAAACAAAGAAAGAUGAAUGUGAUGAUAAAACAUCAAGUAACUUGUCAUCAUCAACUUCAACCACAACAACUGGAUCAACAUCCACAACAACCACUUCCAGUUCAGCUGCAUCUAAUUCAACAGUUGCAACUAAUAAAACCGAGUCCAUUAAAUUAACCAUUAAUUCUUCAUCAUUGCCAAAAGAUGAGGCCAAGCGAUUAGAACAUUAUAGACGACUUUUCAUACCUAAACGUGGUAUCGUCAGCGCACCGUCCAGGUCAUGCAGUGUCGAAGAAACAAAAAAAUUAUUCCCAAACAUACCUCAUACAUGGCUUUGCUCAGGAAGAUUACUCGUAUUGCAAGAUCCAAAGUUAUCUGAUAAUUUAAAGCUAUUUCAGGAGCAAUGGAAACGAGGACAGCCUGUUCUUGUCAAUGGUGUAAGCAAACUUUUAGAUCCUACUCUAUGGAGUCCAGAAGAGUUCAAUAAAAGCUUUGGGGACUCUAAAAAUGAUUUGGUCAACUGUAAAACUGGUCAUGUUUUACCAAAGCUUCCCAUGAAAAAAUUUUGGGAUGGAUUUGAAAAUCUAAAUAAACGAAUGAAGGGAGAAGAUGGAGAUUUCAUGACCUUGAAAUUAAAAGAUUGGCCUCCUGGAGAUGAUUUUAGUGAUCUAUUACCAGAUCAUUAUGCUGAUCUAAUGGAGUGUUUACCACUUCCUGAGUAUACACGGCGUGACGGCUGUUUAAACCUUGCCGGACGAUUACCAGAAUGUUUUGUUCGUCCUGAUCUGGGCCCAAAAAUGUACAAUGCUUAUGGAUCUGCUCUUCUUCAAGAUAAAGGAACAACCAACCUUCAUCUCGACAUCUCUGAUGCUGUCAAUAUCAUGGUUUAUGUCGGCGUUCCCAAAGGUGGAUCUAAGUCUGAAGAUUUCCAAGAAAUAGCAUUGAAAGCUCUUGAUGAGGGUGGCUGUGAUGAAGAGAUGAAGAAAAGAUGUCGAGAGAAAGGAAAUAAAUUAGGUGCACUUUGGCAUAUUUAUGAAGCCAAAAGCGCCGAUGCUAUCAGAGAUCUUUUGAAUAAAAUUGCCAAAGAACGUGGCGUUGAAUUGGGUGCACAUCACGAUCCAAUCCAUGAUCAAUCUUGGUAUCUUGACUCUACCCUCAGAGCUCGCCUAAAAUCGGAAUAUGGUGUUGAAGGUUAUGCCAUUGCUCAGUGUUUAGGUGACGCUGUUUUCAUACCUGCCGGGGCUCCACAUCAAGUCCGCAAUUUACAAAGUUGCAUCAAAGUGGCAGGAGAUUUUGUUUCACCUGAAAAUGUUACUCAAUGUUUCAAUUUAACUCAAGAAUUUCGUCAACUAUCGGACUCACAUAUUAACCAUGAAGAUAAAUUGCAAAUUAAAAACAUCAUUUACCAUGCAAUUAAGGAUUCCCUUGCCUCUUUAGCUGUUUCUGAUUCAAAUAAAUCAGCUAGCCAUAAUAACAAUAAAAGUUGCUCUGUUAGCAGCAAGAGCACUAACAACACUACAGUCAACCCGUCAACGACGCCCACAUCAACUAAAGCUCAUUGACUUUUAACCAAUCCUAUGAAAACAUCAAUCACCACAAAGCUGAUUAAACUUAAAAAACAUAAGUCAAAAGCUUCCAUCAAAGAACUGGCAAAUAUUCCAUUGAAGGAAAAGAAUUGUCGAUCUGAAGCUUUCAUUAACUAUGUACAACUAAAUUAAUUAACCAAUGAUAAAAAAAAUGUUACUGUUGAACUAUUGUCGAUUCAUCAAAUCUUAAUUUGUCAUAGAAAUGAACAAACCUUUUUUUCCUGAUUCCCAUAACAAUUUUUGUAGUAUAUUUCAUCAUUGUCAUUCUUAACUCACAAUCAACUCACAACACACAUACAUUACCACCAACAUCUCAUCUUCAUUGUUGUCAUUAACACCAUCAUCUUCAUUUCAUUGAUCAUUUUAAUGCUUAAAAUUUUGCACAAUUAAAAUUUCUUUGUGCAUCUGUAAA